AUGCGCAAGUUCAAUCCGUCGUGGCAACACAUAUUUCCAUGGGUUAAACUAGUGAGCAAAAAGAUGUUUUGUGAUGUUUGCAUGAACAAUCAACAUGCAGAUAAAACGAGCACGUUUGUAAAGGGCUCUGAUAAUUUUCAUGUCAAGUCAUUGUGCAAGCAUGUCUUGAGUAAGGGUCAUAUCAAAUGUGUAGCAAAUGCUAAAGCUCGUUCAGCACCACCAGGCACAAAUCCUGCCAAAAAAGCAUUGCAAGUGCUACAUGAAACGGAGUUUGAGAAAAUGUAUGUGCUGUUUCGAGUUUCACACUCUUCGGCAAGAAAGGAAGACCAUUUUCAGACUACGAAUGGUUCGUCGAUCUCCACAAAAUCACACAUAAUGUGAACCUCUGAAUGUCUUAUGUGAACAUCUGAAUGUCUUAUAUUGUGGAAGCAGAGCAUCUUAACCUUGCCUCAGAAUUAUCUGCUGCUCCUUCUCACAGUGUCAUGACAGAUGGUACAACUGACUUGUCUGUUUGCGAAGCAGAAAUGUUUGUGCGAUAUUGUAAUAAAGGGAAGUUGUCCAAUCGAUUUUUGGCACUUCGUAAUCUAGACCGAGCCAAUGCAGAGAACAUCGCCAAAGUGGUUGAAGAUAGCUUGACGAAAGUUGGCGGUAUUCCUGAUGAAGAUCUAUAUAACAAGGUUGUCGGUUACAGUGCAGACGGGGCAAGCGUGAAUAUGGGAUGUCAUUCUGAUGUUGGUAAAUGUCUAACGAACAAACAGCCCCUGCUCAACAUAUCACAGCCACUGAUCACUGUAUGCCCAUCGCUUAGAACUGGCAUUUAAAGAUAUUUUAAAGAAAUGUGAGAAUCAGUUGCAAGUAGUGAACUUUCUAAACAAUAUAUACACGUUCUACCACACAAGUUCUCUGAACAGGAGUAUGCUCAGGGUAAGCUCAGUUGCUCUGGGCAUGAAAGGCAUUCCAACCCGAGUUGGCAGUACACGUUGGAUACCACACACAUACACUGCCGUUCAAAACAUGUGGUCGUUGUAUCCAGCUUUGCUACAGCACUUUGGCGAGGUAUGUAACAUUUAAUGAUCUAAGCAUUUUAUUCUAAGGUGAUCUUGAAUAGUUACUGUAUUUCAUUUUAUAAUAUUUUUGUGUUAAUAUUAUAAUUAAAUUAUUAUAUUUUAGCUUCAGGUUAACCCUCAUUCCGCUGAUGGAUCUGCAAAAGCUCAGGGCUUUUUGUGCCUAAUGAAGAAGGUGGUAUUUCAUAAAGAACACUACAAUGACAACAGAUCUGUUGUCAUAUUUGAAGAAGUUGUCUCUGUUUUUUCAAAAACCAGACAUCAAUGUGGCUAAAGCCCAGAAUGUUCUUCAAAUAACAAUGGACAACUUGCUCAAACUACAGCGACAGUUAGAAUAUUAUUACCAAUUUUUCUAAAUCAUUUCAAUGACUGUAUUUCGUAUACUCACUCAGUGACUUGUAUAAUAACAUCAUAAUUAUAUCCAACCACUUAGAGUUUGCUCAGUUUAUUUAUUAUUUAAAAAGCCUGGACCAAAGUUGAUGGAAUUGCUUAAUGAUGGCAAACAUCAUGACCUUAACCUGGAGGAGGACAACAACUCUACAUUCGAAAGGUUCAUACCUAUUGUGAAUGACCUACUUGAAACAUUGAAGUCCAUAUUCACUGCAGCAGGCAAUAUUGAGCACCUAAACUGGAUUGGGUUUCUCAAUUUAAGAUCCUGGCCUGUAAAGGAUUGGAGUGGUAUUCCAAGUUUCACAAUCACAACUUGCUGAACUUAAUAUUUAUGAUAAAAUUAUAAAGUAUAAACUUACCUACAGCAUACUUGUUACUCCUAUGAUGUAUAUUGUAUGUAUUGUAUAUAUUGAGACUUGAGUAAUGACUAUGAGUAAUGAGUAUGCUAUAAGCAAUCAUUAGUAUUGUAUUUUUAGUCAGUGAAAUAAUGAAGUUUGAUAUUUAAAUAGUAAAUUGUUAUUGUAAAUUUUUUUUCCAGAUUUUGCUGAUGAGCAAAUUACAAUGCUUCUAAAUCAUUACAAACCAUACUUAACUCCUGCUUGUCCAGACCAUGUGGAGGAUGUGGUUGCUGAGUCCUUAGUUGAAUGGGAUGGACUUAAAUCAACAAUUUAUAGAAGGUGUGGGUUUGGAUUUUAAUUCAUAUAUACUUUGCAACAAAUGCACCUCCAAGAAUUAUAGUCAAUAUAUAGACAAUAACCAGCUGAUUUAGUGAUGUAAUUGGCUGAUUUCUCAGCAUUUUUGUUUGAUAUUUGCUGUGUGCAGGUAUUGGAAGUGCAAAAUCACUCAACUGGGAACAAAUUAACAAUGAAUUUUGCGAGACUGCUGGAGUCUUCUUGUUGCUAGUUGAUUUGCUGUUGUCAAUCCCAGCACAUUCAGUAGAAUGCGAAAGGGGGUUUUCUUUGUUGAAGGUGAUCAAACCAGACUGGUGA